AUGCGGUUCGAUUUUUGCAACACUCCCACACCGUUCGCCGCCACCGCCGCCAUCACCAAAACCGCCAGCACGCCCGUCCUCGUGGAGGCGUCCUCCGGGUCCUCUGCCGACGCCGCUGCCGCACCGGAUGUCGCACCGGAGCGAAUACGACUGGUCGUGCUGCACGUGCGUCAUCGAGACGACAAUAUAAAUGUACAUUUGCAUACACUCCGUAACCACGCUGGAGGUGGCAGUAAGUGUACCCGGCCGCCUCGGAAGGAUUGCUGCCGGCCGCCACUGGGCGGCGGUGCAACGACGGUGCACGAUAUUCUUCUGGCGGUUUUUCUCAGCAUGGCGGUGCUUACGGUGGACACGAAGUCAAUCGACGGCAAGCAGCAGCAGUACCAGCAGCAGCAGCAUGCCUACGGUGGCUUCUCACCCGAGCAGCGCAUGUGGUUGAACCCUUGCGGCUAUCCGUCACCGUACGAGAUCGAGGUCAACACCCCGAUCCAGAACGUGGACCUCUCCAAGAUGCGCGACCAGGUCAACUCCUCGCUCGGUACGGUGGAGGUGUCGAUUCGGAACUACACGAAAACCAUCUUCGGCGUUCCGAUGGACCGGCACCAUACGACCUGGGAGGGGCGGGACGAGCCGUGGAUCUACAAGGACGGGCUGCGCAUACCGAAGAAGUUCCGCAACGACAUCGUCGACACGAUCUUCAUGCGCAUCUCGUACAUGUCGAUCCAGGAGGCGACGCGCGAUUUCUACCGGCUGCUGAAGGACUCGUACCGGCGCUACAUCCGGCUGGCCAAGGGCAUCGAGCAGAUGAAGGAGGACCUCGAGAACGAGCACAACAAGGCCAAGUACAAGCGCUACGAGAUCGAGCUGCUGAACCAGGUGCGCGAGGAGGUCCGCCAGAGCCUGCAGCAGGUGCUGUGCGAGAUCUUCGAGGUGCUGGUGGUGAUCGACAAGAAGUUCCUGUUCCAGACGCUCCAGGAGGACCACGCGAUCGACAUCAACGACUCGUACCUGGACGAGAGCGAGCGCAAGCUGCGCGACUGGACCAUCUACCGCGAGCUGAUCAACCAGCUCGAGUACAUCAUCCAGUACAUGAAGGCGCUCGAGCAGCGACGGAACUCCAGUCCGGCCGUCCCGGCGGUCGCCUAGAACCUGGACCUAUGAACGAUGGCUUCAACCACUCGACUUGGACGGUGAAGCGGUAAGUGUAAUGCCCGCUGAACCAAGUCCGGAGCUGGGGGGCUUAACAACGCUGAUGAAACGCCACAUAAGCACAUGGUAGUCCCUUUCUUCGGUACAUGCGUAUCCCAACUGUUGGUAUCUCUUCAUCAUCAUCAUCGUGGUCCAGUGUCGACACAA